AUGAAGCUCUUCGCUGGCCUUCUAAUGGCCAGCUCGGUCGUCUUAGCCAGCGAUAGAAACCUGUCGUCUGAUUUACCUGGAACCCAAAUCACGUCCACAUCCUUGGGAAACUACAGCCUGCCAAUCACAUCCCUCGUGACCUUCGGCACCGGGGUUAUUGGUGGCUUGUUUCGUCCCAACUCGCACCAGAAUCCAGCCAAGGCAAAAAUAGGUGUUCUUGUAAUGCAUGCCGAACAAGACUACACCACCUUUUACCCUUGCAGUGAGCUACCUGUCCGUGGCUAUACAACUCUUUGCCUGAAUAACGCGCAAAGCAAAACCGGUCUCAUGAAUGAUCUUGACUUUGAGACCAUGAUGACCGAUGUUGGUGUCGGUGUCCAGUACUUGAAUGACCUCCCAGACAUCGAUCAGGUUGUUCUGUGGGGUCAUUCUGGCGGUGGUGCGAUGAUGGCUGCAUAUCAAAAUGUCGCGGAAAAUAGCGUAUCUGCUUGCAAUGGCACGGAGAAGCUCUACCCUUGCUCUGCGGCAGUAGACAAUCUGCCUCCAGCAGAUGGCAUUCUUCUGAUUGAUGCCAACUUUGGUCUAUCGACUAUGACUCUGCUAUCUGUGAAUCCAGCUAUCGAGAACGAGUCCACCGGCACCGAAAUCAACAGCACCCUGAAUCUGUAUAGCCCUCAGAACGGGUGGACAGAAAAUGGGGCAAACUAUACUUCGGGAUUUGCUCAUCGUUUCUUCGGGGGUGUAGCCUCUCGCUGGGAGAAGAUAGUUUCAUCCGCGGAAGAACGAAAUGAACUCAUUAAAGCUGGCAAUGGUGAAUAUACGGAUGAUGAAGGCCUCGUUAUCCCCGACGCGAAUUAUCUUGGCACCAACAAUAAAUUAAUCAGCCAAGAUACCCGUUAUCUGGCACAUACCGUGUACAAGUGGCCUCUGUUACAUAAAGAAGGCCGUGUAUCAACCCAAGUCGUCCCAUCAGUUCGUGUUGCCGAUGCAGGUAUUCCAAGCAACGUCGACAGCUUUUAUGAUGGUGCACUUAAAACCACAGUCACUCGGUUCCUCUCAACAUUUGCUAUACGAAUCGAUACAACCUUGUUCAAUGUGACAGCCGACAACAUCACUGGGGUGGAUUGGACCUCGUCUCAGACUGCUCCAAUUGGUAGUGUUCCGGGAAUUUCAAAACCUUUGCUCACAAUGGGCAACACUGGGCACUACGAAUACCUCAACGCGGAAAAGAUCUACCUCGCCGCGAAGAGUGAAGACAAGUCCAUUGCUUUUACCGAAGGCGCCCAGCAUACGAUCAAUACAUGCACUGAGUGCGAGACGUACCCAGGUCAGUUCGGCAAUACAGUUAAGACGGCAUUCGAUUUCAUGGACAAGUGGCUAUCAAAGCCUGGUCGAUUUAUUGCGGCCUAA